UGAGCUGCAAAAGGAGAGGGGCAUUCUCAGAUUUCCCGAUUUCUCCGAGCUGAGUCCGCUGUGCCGCUUCCACAUCACGGCCGACAGCAAUCCGAGGCGACGACACGCGCGCGCCGUGCUCCACUCCGGCAAUCAUCCCAAGUGGACCGCGUCGUCCCCAAAUCCACCUAACCUCAAACAAGGAGAGGAAAUUCGACCCUAUGGGAACGGUGCAGCUGAGAUGACCUACGUGACAUUGCUUUUCUCAAGAGAUCAUUCUUCAAUCAAAAUCGUGGGGCAGAAUCUAACCAGGACAUGGUUGGCGGGUUCACAUGAUGGACAGGUGAUGGAGUCUUCCAUCAUCUUUCUCCACCAGUGACUCGGCCUGCCAGCCCUCCCUCUGAGGCAGCAGUGUGUUCCAGUGGUCCAAGGCCCCCUAUUUUCUCUGCCAUGGUGACAUAAGCGGUGCUGCAUUAUGAGGGAGGGCCAACGUGAGACAGUCUCAUUUCUUUCUCCAGUAGCUGCUGCUACUUUAUCGCCGUUUGUGUUCAGCUCGAUAACGAGACCGACUCUGUUGUGAUCGGUCCCUGCUCGCCGGAUUCUACCCACACGGAAAGAGACGGUCCCCGUGUUGCUGGGCUGGUGGGGCGGAGCGGCGUGACGCGAGACGAUGCUGGGAUGUGUGACACGCCUCCGUCGGCUAGUCCGUCUCCUCCCCCUGCAGACCUCCCUCCUCCUCCUCUUCCUCUUCUGCACUGUCAGCGUCUUCAUCUCUGCCUACUUCCUCUAUGGCGUCAAGCGGGAGCUGGAGCCAUCGGGAGGGGGCGUGUCCGGGGCCGAGGGAGCGUCCGCAGACUCCGAUGACUCGAGGGUUACUCCGUCCCGGCUGCUGCCGCUGCGGGGCGUCUCAGGGGGCCCGGGGAUGGAUCCCGGAGGGUCCAGGACAGAUCCUGUGGUUCUGGUGUUUGUGGAAAGCCAGUAUUCUCAACUGGGUCAGGAGAUCGUGGCCAUCUUGGAAUCUGGCCGGUUCAAGUACCGAACUGAGAUCUCUCCCGGUAAAGGGGACAUGCCCACACUGACGGACAAAGACAGAGGGCGUUUCACACUGGUGAUUUAUGAGAACAUUCUCAAGUAUGUUAACUUGGACACCUGGAACCGAGAGCUGCUGGACAAAUACUGUGUGGAGUAUGGAGUGGGCAUCAUUGGCUUCUUCAAGGCCAAUGAAAACAGUCUGCUCAGUGCACAGCUGAAAGGCUUCCCUCUCUAUCUGCACUCCAACUUGGGUCUGAAGGACUGCACUGUCAACCCCAAGUCCCCCCUGCUCUUUAUCACUCGAUCCGGGCAGCCCUUGCCAGGUCCCCUCCCCGGGGAUGACUGGACCGUUUUCCAGUCGAACCACUCGACGUACGAGCCCGUGUUGCUGGCCAAGACCCAGUCAGCUGAGAGCGUGGCCUCGAUGGGGCAGAACGCGGCUCUGCUCCCAUCGGUGGUGCAGGACUUGGGGCUCCAUGAUGGCAUCCAGAGGGUCCUGUUCGGCAACAACUUGGGCUUCUGGUUGCACAAGCUGGUGUUUGUGGACGCCGUGGCCUUUCUGACGGGGAAGAGGCUCUCGUUGUCCCUGGAGCGCUACGUCCUGGUGGACAUAGAUGACAUCUUCGUGGGCAAAGAGGGCACACGCAUGAAGGUGCCUGAUGUCAAGGCCCUGCUGGAGACGCAAAGGGAGCUGCGCACCCGUGUGCCCAACUUCACCUUCAAUCUGGGUUUCUCAGGGAAAUUCUUUCAUGCUGGAUCUGAUGAGGAGGACCUGGGAGACGACCUGCUGCUUUACUACGUGAAGGAGUUUUGGUGGUUCCCUCACAUGUGGAGCCACAUGCAGCCCCAUCUAUUCCACAACCAGUCGGUGCUGGCCGAGCAGAUGUUGCUCAACAAGAAAUUUGCCGUGGCGCAUGGGAUCCCCACUAACAUGGGUUAUGCGGUGGCGCCCCACCACUCUGGCGUCUACCCUGUCCACAUGCAGCUGUACGACGCCUGGAAGAAGGUGUGGGGCAUUAAGGUGACCAGCACGGAGGAAUACCCCCACCUGAAGCCUGCCCGCUUUCGGAGAGGUUUCAGCCACAGCGGCAUCAGCGUGCUGCCCAGGCAGACGUGUGGUCUCUUCACACACACCAUCUUCUAUAAAGACUACCCGGGCAGUCCGAAUGAACUGGACAAGCUCAUCAAUGGAGGAGAACUCUUCCUCACAGUUUUGCUGAACCCUAUCAGUAUCUUCAUGACCCAUCUGUCCAACUAUGGCAAUGACCGCCUCGGCCUGUACACCUUUAAAAGCCUGGUGAUGUUCCUCCAGACGUGGACCAACCUGAAGCUGGAGACCCUGUCGCCUGUUCAGCUCUCUCAGAAGUACUUCAGCCUCUUCCCCUCUGAGAGAGAUCCACUCUGGCAGGAUCCAUGUGAGGACAAAAGACACAAGGACAUCUGGUCCAAAGAGAAAACAUGUGACCGCUUCCCCAAACUGCUUGUCAUCGGGCCCCAGAAGACAGGGACGACAGCGCUCUACCUGUUUCUUGGAAUGCACCCUGACCUGACUAGUAACUACCCGAGCAAGGAGACUUUUGAGGAGAUCCAGUUCUUCAAUGGGCACAACUACCACAGAGGCAUCGACUGGUAUAUGGAGUACUUCCCCCUGCCCUCCAACACCAGUUCAGACUACUACUUUGAGAAGAGUGCCAACUACUUUGACUCUGAGGUGGCUGCUCAGAGGGCUGCGGCUCUCCUGCCCAAAGCCAAGAUCAUCACCAUCCUCAUCAACCCAGCGGACAGAGCUUACUCUUGGUACCAGCACCAAAGAGCCCACGAUGACCCGGUGGCAUUGAAGUACUCCUUCCGUGAUGUCAUCACCGCAGGCCACGACGCUCCGGUCAAACUCCGGGUCCUGCAGAACCGCUGUCUGGUGCCAGGCUGGUACGCCAUCCACUUGGAGCGCUGGCUCAACUUCUACCACUCCAGCCAGCUGUUAGUCUUGGAUGGACAGAUGCUGAAGACUGAGCCUGCUUCAAUCAUGGAUAAAAUCCAGAAGUAUCUGGCCCCGGUCAACGUCAUCAACUACCACAAGAUCCUAGCGUUCGACCCUAAGAAAGGGUUCUGGUGUCAGCUGCUGGAGGGAGGGAAGACCAAGUGUUUGGGGAAGAAUAAAGGGCGCAGGUACCCUGACAUGGACCCGGAGUCCGAGGGCUUCCUUAGGAAGUACUAUAGGGAUCACAACAUUGAGCUGUCCAAGCUGCUCUACAGGAUGGGUCAGCUGCUGCCCAGCUGGCUCAGAGAAGAGCUGGUCCACACCAGGUAGCAGCACCACAGGGGGAGACCACAGCUCCACACACUGAACUCCACCCUGCUGGGGAAGCCUGAAAUGUUGAAGAUCCCAAAUAGUCUUGAAAGGGACUGAUAUUUAUCAAAAAUUGAGGAUGGGAUGUCCAACCAGAACUCAAAACUUAACUGUGAUCUUCCCAAAUGAUCAGUAGUGGAUGAUGAUCAAGAAGAGAGCGAAGUUGCUUUGAGCAGCUGUUGGCGCUCCCCUCUCUCCCCGAGCUUCCAGGAGCUGUUACUCCCCUGCAGGACAAACCAGAACCAUGGAAGUCCGAGUGAUGGCCUCCGCUGUGUCCAGCAGAAGAAGCAAAGGCUCAGUGUAUGGUGCAUAGGAGGGGCCUUCACAUCCCUGCUCUCCUUAAACAAACAUCUCUUCUUCACAUGGAUUUCAGCUUUAAAAUGAAAGGAAGGAAAACGGACUCGCUCGAGCGGUCUUCACGGUUUCACCUCUGGAAGACAUGUGGAAAAGAUUAACACAAGUUCACCUGUGUCUCCAGCGAAGAGUUGUUGUGUUUGGAGCACAUGAAAACAGGCAACUUAACCUUGACUUAAAUGGAUGACAGCCUGGUUGACAGAGAGACAAAGGUGGCAAAUGCCGUUGACAUAAAGUGUGAAUAAGUGUUUGAACGAGAGAAAAAUGAGACAUCUGGAGUCUUGACUCAGGCUGCAUGUUGUAGCCUUAUUCGACGGGCCUUGGUUGUAUCUAGUUAUCGCAUUUACAAGUGCCAGGACAGAAUCUUCAUUGAAAUAUUACCAUGUGGAUUUUUAAGGGUUCCUUUUUUAUAAAGUUUUAUGUUUUCUUUACUUUCCUCAGAUUUUUGUUUUAACGUUUCUAUAAUGCGGAAGGCAAUGCAUUAUUGUAGAAUGUACCAAAACUAAACAUUUUAGCUCAGUUUUCUCAUGCCGGCCGGAUGUACAGAAGUGUUAAACUGUUCGGCUCAGCCUCCUGUGUAGUCAGUUUAGACCAAGUAGUCGGCUCAAGCAGGAGCAGUAGGAUAUAUAUAUAUAUAUAUAUCUAUAUCGCAGUAGGAUAUAUAUAUAUAUAGAUAAUGUUGAAAGCACAAUAUUUAAGGCACUCGAGUGAACAUCGCUUCUGAACAUACAGGUUACUGGAAAGCACACUAACAAAAUGGAUCCUCCUACAGUCUGUGAAGAAGAUCAUAAGCUAGCUACUGUAUGUUUAAUGACACAUUGUGGUCAGAGAGAUUCAGAUAGUGUACAGAACAAGGUUGGGCUUUUCAAAUCAGUUUUUAGCAUUGGAUUGUUUUUAUUGAUGUCAGAACUGUAUACUUUAUUUCAUUUCAUUUAUUAGAUCAUUUUAAGUUUUGAGGGGGGAAUACUGUCUCUGGGAAAAACGUUAGAAGUUGCCGGGCAGAACAACAGUAUGCCCAUUGAGACCAGACAGACAUUUGGUUGUCGGUUAAGGUGUUACCACUGCAACUACAUGUCAAGCAUAGAUAACAAAAAGCUGCUCUCUUUGCAAUAGUUUUGUACAAUGUUUUGAUGUAAUAUCAAUGCACAUGUUGAUCCUUUCAUUUCCCGACUUUGUAAUGUACAUUAUACGCAACCCUCGGUAGACCUAAAUUAUUGAAUGUGUUUGGGUUUACACUUCAUCAGCCCAUUCCCGUAGUGUGAAAUGUCCGUGCUGUGCUGAGGGGAGUUUGGAUUGCCUCAUCGGGCAGAGGUGUGUCGCUGCGAUCGUUUCCUCUCACUGCCAACUAUUGUACGCAGGUACUGAGUCUCCAUAUAAAGUAUUAAGUGAUAACGCAUAACAGCAAUGAUGGUACUAAUCUCCUGGACUGUAUGAUAAAGAUUUGUAAUUGUUGUCAAUAAUUUUUACAUUGUAACUAAUAUUGUCGGUGCUUUUUAAUUUGCAAAUAAAACACCACUGUAUUUUUCAAUA